AUGGCAUCUCAUGCUAGUGGACUGAUGACUGGAUGUGGAGCAGAAGGAGAGCAGGCAGUCAUGAGCCAUUCUACAAAUGCAGGCAGUUUGCCUGACGAUUCUCAUAUGGCUGCACUGGAUGAUGGAUCUGAACAUUCUAUUGCUGAUUCCAACGUGGAUCUCUUGGAAGAAUUGCCAUCUGCUGUUGAUCCUGGAAGCCUUGCUGAUCCUCUCAACAGAGCACUUCCUAAUAUGCCACUUCCUGACUCAGCUGUGCAUUCAUCCACUGCAGUGAAUGAUGACAACUUCACAGAUGAGUUUGACGACACACUCUGUGCACCACAGAUUGAAGAACUGAGGAUUGCUACAGAUUUCAAGUGCCUGCUGGCAGAUGCGAGUUGGGAAAACUCAGAUCUUGACAAGGACACUAUACACCACUUGCAACAUCCAUUGGAAGAACCUCUCAGCAUCGAUGAAGAUCCCGAUCUGCUGUAUUUUAUAGAGCUAAAUCUCACUGUGAGAUCUGCCUCUCAAUGUGUCUAUGAAUCCAUGCAUCAAGCUGGGUUACGAUGA